AAAUAAUUCAAACUGUGCAUUACCGCAUAAACAAUGUCAAAACCUGUCAUGUAUUUUAUCUAGCUCGGUGAACGUAAAGUUUUCUUCGAGUGUCUGAUAUAAGUAUCGCGCUUGUGACUAAGGUGACAGCGUACAGCCACGUCUCUCCUAUCACGCUCAGAAUUAUGCACAAAUCGACUAUUUAAAAAUUCAGCCACCGCUUGACUUCAACAUUUUUCGCUGUAAUUCGACCGGAAGCCAUCGAACGUUCGAAUCAUGUGGAAGACAUUUGCAAUUGCUGCCGUCUUCUUCGCGGCAGGUAACGCGAAGGACUGUGUACCUUACUUUGAUGGUACCGACAUAGUAGCGUGCAUCUGCAAUGCAACCUAUUGCGACGAUACACCGAACAACGAUCCGAAAAUCCCGGAAAAAGGAACUUCUUAUUGGUACGUGACAAACAAGGAGGGUCUCAGAAUGAAAAUGUUGAAGGCAGAGUUCAACACCUACCACGAAUCUUCCCCUGACGAGACCUUAAUCGUAGAUACGAAGAAGAGGUAUCAAACGAUUUUUGGGUUUGGAGCUGCCUUCACCGAUUCUGCUGGCAUAAACAUAAAAAGUCUCAGCCGUGCAACUCAAGAACAACUGAUUCGCGCGUGUUACGAUCCGGAAUCAGGAAGCAGAUACACGUUAGGUCGCAUUCCGAUAGCCAGUACCGAUUUCUCAACGAGGGGUUACACGUACGACGAUUAUGCCAACGACACGUCGUUGGAACACUUCGCGCUGGCGCCAGAAGAUUACGACUACAAAAUACCUUACGCCAGAAUGGCUCUCGAACUAAACCCGGAAGUAAGAUUCGUCGGUGCCGCAUGGUCGGCUCCACCAUGGAUGAAAACUGUUAACAAACUCGAUGGUGGGUUUUUGAAGAACGAAUAUUAUCAACUCUGGGCUAAUUACUUGUUAAAGUUUCUGGACGAAUAUAAGAAGAACGGGAUUGACAUGUGGGCAAUUACAACGGGUAACGAACCGCUAAAUGCCAUUGAACCCAUUUUUCCCCUUACCACUAUGGGAUGGACACCUGAAAGUAUGGCUGAUUGGGUCUCUAAGUUCCUGGGUCCAACUCUGGCGUCGUCGAUACACAAUGGAACGUUGAUUUUGGCACUGGACGAUAACAGACACGUAUUGCCCCGGUUUGUCGAACCAAUACUUAGCGAAAAGAACGGAUCGAAGUACACCGCUGGAACGGCUGUACAUUUCUAUAAAGAUAGCAUUGCUCCUGCGACUGUAUUGGACGCGAUCCACGAUUUAUUUCCGGAUAAAGUACUUCUCAUGACCGAAGCAUCCGUAGCUCCGGUAUCAUGGAGGACACCAAAUGCCGUGCCAGAUACGUGGAAUCGAGGCGAAAGUUACGCUUUAAGUAUAAUAGAGUACAUGAAUCAUUGGUCAAUUGGAUGGCUAGAUUGGAAUUUAGCUCUUAACGAAGCAGGCGGUCCAAGCUGGCUCAACAACAGCAACGAUGCAGCUAUUAUUGUGAAUUCAGACAGGGACGAAUUUUAUAAGCUACCCUUGUAUUAUGCAAUUAAACAUUUUAGUAGAUUUGUUGAUAGAGGUUCUGUUAGAGUUUCUAUCACCGAUACCGACAGUAUUAAAUCUACAGCCUUUACAACGACUUUGGAAGAAGUUGUUGUCGUGCUAUGCAACAGGAACAAUUCUUCGAAAUCUGUGAUUCUAAAGGAUUUAUAUAGGGGUACUCUUCGCUUAGAACUAUCUCCACAUUCUAUGAACACUGUGAUAUACCAAUAAAAAAAAUUAUUUUCGAUCUAUACGCUGCGUCAACCGGAAUAUGUUUAAAUAAAAUGAAAUAAAUCCAAUUGUAUUUAAUUAUUAUAUAUU